AUUAGUGGAGAUGUCUGAAGGCUUUUAAGUGCACAACUAGACAGCCAAAACCUCUACACUAUACUUGGAGCAGCGACCUUCCAUUCCUCGGAAGGAUAUUCCUCGCGCUUCCGCGGGCGCCAGUGAGGAAACCAAGACGACGACACGGCCGCCAUGGCGCACGAUGGAGCUGCCGAUGAAGCCAACACCGCGCCGCUGCUCGCGUCGAAGACGGAGAAGCCACGGCGGAACAUGUACGCCUUCGGCUGUGCCACGCUCGCCUCCAUGACCACCAUCCUCAUGGGCUACAAUCUGGCGCUGAUGAGCGGCGCGCAGCUCUUCAUCCGGGAGGACCUGGGGCUGACCGACGAGCAGGUGGAGGUGCUGGCGGGGUCCAUGAACGUGUACAUGCUCGUGUCCAUCCUCGCGGCGGGCUGGACGGCCGACCUCCUGGGCCGCCGCGGCACGCUCGUGCUAGCCAACGGCUUCCUCAUGGCCGGCGCGCUCGCCAUGUCGCUCGGCGGCAGCUACGCCGCACUCAUGGCCGCGCGCUUCGUCACCAGCAUCGGCGUCGGCUUCGCCCUCGUCGUCGCGCCGGUCUACAACGCCGAGAUCUCGCCGGCGUCCGUUCGCGGCGUGCUAUCCUCGCUGCUUGAUAUUUUUGUCAACGUGGGCAUCCUACUCAGCUACGUGUCGAACUACGCCUUAGCCGGCCUGCCGGUGCACAUCGGCUGGCGGGUCAUGUACGCCAUCGGCGUGCUCCCGCCCGUGUUUCUCGCGGCGGGGGUGCUCUGCAUGCCGGAGUCGCCUCGGUGGCUCGCCAUGCGCGGGCGUCAGGCCGACGCGCGCGCGGUGCUGGUGCGCACCUCUGACACGGCCGCGGAGGCCGAGCUGCGCCUAGAGGAGAUCAAGCGGGUGGUGGAGGCGCCGCAAGAUGCCGGAGUCGGCGUGUGGCGGGAGCUGAUCUUCCAGCCGUCGGCCAUGGUCCGGCGGAUCCUCGUCUGCGUGGUCGGGCUUAACUUCCUCCAGCAAGCCGCCGGCAUCGACGCCAUCCUUCUCUACAGUCCGCUGGUGUUCAAGAAGGCCGGCAUGUCGUCGAGCCACGCCAUCCUGGGCGCCACCAUUGCCAUCGGCGUCGUAAAGACGUGCUUCAUCCUCGUCGUCUCCUUCUUCUCCGACCGAGUCGGCCGGCGCCCGCUCCUAAUGGCAAGCAGCGGCGGUGUGGCCAUGUCCCUGGCCGCCCUGGCCCUCACGCUCUGCGUCGGCGAGCCUUCUCCCGCCAGCGCGGCCGCGUGCGUGACGUUCGUGCUGGCCUCCGUCGCGGCGUUCUCGAUGGGGUUCGGGUCGCUCCCGUCCACGGUCAGCGCCGAGAUUAUGCCUCUGCGGCUGCGCGCGCAGGGCGCCAGCCUCGGCAUGGCCGUGAACCGGCUGACGUGCGGAGUGGUGAGCAUGUCGUUCAUAUCGCUCUCUGCCUGGAUCACCAUGCCCGGCUGCUUCUUCCUGUACGCCGGCUUGGCCGCCACGGCGUGCGUGUUCGUGUUCGUGCGGCUGCCGGAGACGAGGGGCCGGAGCCUAGAGGACAUGGACGCGCUGUUUUCAAAAUGAUGGGUGUGAUCUCUGUGUAUUGGAUGGAUUCCAGUGAUAGUUCAAUGCAAGUGGGGUUGUUAUUUGAA